AUGGCUAAGCAAGAAGGGGAUAUUGCCAUUGCGAUGGCACCAUCAAACGAUCAAAGCAGCCAAGCUGGUCAUAAUGUUUAUCAGGAGGAAAACCUUGAAAAGCAAUCGAGCAUUCCCAGCAUUCAACCUGGAGUCUACAGGGCUGAUGCGCUUCGAAAAAGCUGGACCAAGCAAGGCUUAAUCAUUGUCUUUACAGGACUGUUUAUAUGUACAUUGGCUAUCAAUUUUGCCGAUUAUACAACCACGGUGUAUGCCCCAUACACAACGAGUGACUUCAAGCAGCACUCUGCCAUGAGCGCAGCCCGCGUGGUCAUGAACAUUGCGCGUAUCUCCGCCUACCCCGUUGUUGCAAAGUUGGGAGAUGUUUUCGGUCGAGCUGAAAUGUUCAUCAUGUCCAUUGUUAUGUCUGCUGUAGGCUAUGCUAUUUGGGCAGCCUGCACAAACAUUAAGGAAUACAUAGUUGCCGGUAUCUUCGACGCUAUCGGAUCGACUGGAUUUGCUCUCACACAACAAAUCUUCGUGGCGGAUACGACCUCGUUACUCAAUCGCGGUAUCUGGUCAACGCUACCUGACUCUCUCACUACAGUUCCGACUCUUUACCUUGGUUCUAUCAUCGGUCAGAGCAUUCUCGAUCAUUCAACCUGGCGAUGGGGAUGGGGCAUGUGGGCGAUUAUCUUGCCCGUUGCAUCAGUGCCAUUGAUUGGUACCAUGCUGUUUUAUCAACGUCGGGCUCCCUCUCCGAUAUCUGUGGCUGAGGCAUUGGGCUGGAAGACCCACGAUGCCUGGUGGAAGAAGAUGUACCGAUUGAUUUGGAUUCAGCUUGACUUGCCAGGAGCUAUUCUCCUUAUAGCUGGGCUGUCUCUUCUUUUGGUUCCUUUGUCAUUGACGGGCUCUAAUAACCCUGGUGCAUGGACCAACGGGUCGUUUAUCGCCAUGUUGGUCCUUGGAGUGGUGUUCAUUGUAGCAUUUUUGGGUUGGGACACAUGGUUCGCGCAGAAACCAUUUGUGCCUUAUCGCAUGAUCAAGAACCGCACAGUGGCAGCUGCAUGUCUUCUUGGGGCAUUGGACUUUUUCCAUUAUUCAGUGUUCAGUGUCUUCUUCACGAGUUAUCUUCAGGUAGCUGGAGACUUCUCGGCGGGGCCUGCAACCAGAAUUGAUAACUCCCUGCGUGUAGCCUUUCAGGUGGCCGGCAUAUUCGCCGCUUUCUUCAUGAAAUAUACCAAGCGCUCUCAGAUUUGGGUGUUGGUCGGCGUUCCACUCUGUGUUCUUGGAAUGGGCGUACUUCUCUAUCUGGUGGACAUGGGAGAUGGUCGCAGUGGGAAUGAAGUAUCUUUUAUCACGGCCAAGUCAUUGAUUGGUGUUGGUCGUGGAUUCUACCAAACGGCUGCACAGGUCUCAGUGCAGGCCGUGGUCUCGCGACAGGAUGUUUCCGUUGUUACUGCAGUAUUCUUCGCAUCGAUGAGCGUGGGUGGUGCAAUUGGAACAAGUGUUGCCGGCGCAAUCUGGCGAAACACUCUCCCGAACAAGCUGCAGAAAUAUCUUCCUGAUGAACUGAAGGAUCAAGCCAAUGCUAUCUUCGGAUCAAUUGUGGUGGCUCGGAAAUAUGCCAUGGGUACUGAAGCUCGUGAGGCUAUCAAUCGCAGUUACCGAGAGUCGCAAAGACUACUUGCGAUCGCAGGCCUUGUUUCACUUUCAUUGAUGCUUAUUGUGAUGCUGUUCUUGAAGAACGUGAAGCUGGGUGAGGACGCAAUGACUGAGACAGAAAAGAUAGAUCAAGCUCCUGGGGUCUCAGAAAAGAAAGAUCAAGUUUAUGAGGUUGCAGAAAAGAGGGCUGAGAAAACUCACUCCUGA